AUGGGUACCAACAUCCCCCAGGUACAAUCAUCUCCCGGGUACCAGCAUCCCCUGGAUAUCAGCAUCCUCAGGUACCAACAUCCCCCAGGUGCCAACAUCACCUGUUUACCAGCAUCUCCUGGGUACCAGCAUCCCCCAGGUGCCAACAUCACCCCGGGGAGCAGCAUCCCUUUGCCAGGGAGUGGGGCCGUGGGUCCAACCAACACCCGCACACCCGGGGGUGCCGUGAAACGCGAGGGCAAAAACGUCACGAACUAUUUUUCUCCCCUUUUCCGGCAUUUUCUGUGCCCAGCGGAGGGCGCGCCGAGACCGGGGAGCGAGGUAUCCCAGGAGAGCCUUCUCCUGCACGGCCCCUUCGCCCGGAAACCCAAGCGCAUCCGCACGGCCUUCUCCCCGUCACAGCUCCUGCGGCUGGAACGGGCCUUCGAGAAGAACCACUACGUGGUGGGCGCCGAGAGGAAGCAGCUGGCCAGCAGCCUCAGCCUCUCCGAGACCCAGGUGAAAGUGUGGUUCCAGAACAGGCGGACGAAAUACAAACGGCAGAAGCUGGAGGAGGAAGGCCCCGACUCGGACCAGAAGAAGAAAGGCUCCCACCACAUCAACCGAUGGCGCCUCGCCACCAAGCAGUCGAGCGGAGAAGACAUCGACGUCACCUCCAACGACUAAGGCAGGGACAGGCUCCUGGUGCAGCCA